CACCACACCCCGGCCGGUCUUCGUCUCCUUCCGUCUGCUGCUUCCUUCCACCCCCCGUCGUCGACAACCUCGCUCCCCGAUCCGCCGGAGAUGCAUCCCGCCGGCGCCGGAGCCGGCGACUACUCCUCCUCCUACUACCCGCCAUACCCCGCCCCGACCUCCGCGCCACAGCCGCCGCCCACCUACCACCACCCAACCGCCUCCGCCUCCGCGCCCCCCUACUCCCCCUACCCCACCAACUUCGCCGACCCCGCCGCGUACCCCUCCUACCCCCCGGCGCCGACCCCGCCCGCCGAUCAUCUUCCCCACUACGCGCCACCCCCACCCGCCGAUCACCUUCCCCACCACUACGCGCCACCCCCCGCGGCGCCCCCGGCCCCGCAGCCGUACUACCCCUACGAGCCGCCUCCGCUCCCAUCUCCGCACAACCCGUCCCCCUCGCCUUACCCCUCGUUGGAUCGGGCCGGCAGCUACGGCGGCGGCGGCUACGGAUCCGGCCUCCCCGGGUACGGGAUGCAGCAGGACCAGCUGUACCCCGCGCCGCCGCCUUCUAGCGCGGCCGUGGCGGGCGGGUGGUCCGACGACGGCGCGUACGCGUACCGCGGCGGUGAUGCGCCGGAGCCGUAUGGGGCGAGGGGCACGGCGCCGAGGUCCGGCUCGGGCUCGGCGCUGUUUGAUGAUUACGGGAGGUCGAUUAGUCAGGGGAAGGAGAGGGGUGGUGGUGGUGGGGGUGCGGCGAGCCCGAAGGUGGUGAGGGCUGUGCCCAAGGCAGAGACGUCGGAGGAUGUUAGAGGCGGCGUGCAGAAGUUCCGGGUGAAGCUGCUGCCCGAGGGGGGCGGUAGCCCCAUGGAUGUGCUGUGCCAGGUUGGUUUGGAUGGGAUUCGGAUGCUUGAUCCCAACACUAGUAGGACACUGCGGAUAUAUCCCCUUGAAACUGUAACUAGAUGGGAUGUACUAGAUUCUUCUAUAUUUGCCUUUUGGUCGAAGAGUUCAGUUGAUCUUGAAGCAAGAAGAAUAAGGCUGAAGUCAAACAGCUAUACAACCAACACCAUUCUGGACACUGUGACAGCUGCGACUGUGCAGUUCAAGGAGAUGGGUGGAAGCAGCAUGUCGAGAAGCAAAGCAAUUGCUGAUGCUGCCAUUCCUUCAGAACAGCAAGAUAAAAGAAAGAAUUUCCUUGAUUGGAGGAACUUAAUGAAGCCCAUAAAUGAGGAGAAAGACCACUGGGUCCCAGAUGAAGCUGUCAAUAAAUGCACAGCAUGUGCAGGAGAUUUCAGUGCCUUCAACCGCAGGCAUCACUGUCGAAACUGCGGUGACAUUUUCUGCGAUAAGUGCACCCAGGGAAGGACUCCUCUAACUUCAGAUGCCGAUUCUCAACCAGUCCGAGUUUGCGACAGAUGCAUGACUGAAGUUUCUCGAAGACUGAACAGUGCAAAGGAAGCUGCAAAUCGACCUAUUGUCCAUAGCCAUGAGGAUCUUGCCAAAAAACUUCAGGAAGCAAUGGACAUAAAUAAGAAAUCAUCUUCAGCCUCAAGACCAUCAGAUGGAUCUUCCGGCAAGCGGAUGCGAGAGGUUGCAUGCCCCAUCUGCACAGUGCAUCUCCAGGUCCAGGUCCCAUCUUCGGGUUCAGAGACUAUAGAAUGCGGUGUCUGUCAGCACCCUUUCCUCAUCAGCUCUCGUUGAAAGUCGGCAUUGCACAGAGUUCUACUUUGUUCUACCAAGAAAUAUUGCACUCAUGGAGGCUGUUGCUUCAGGCAGCCGUCAUCGACAUGGUGCCCUUUGAUCUAUCUAUGUAUGUAUACCUUUGGUCUAUGUAUAUGGGAUCCCAAAGCUAAUACUACUAUUAUUUAGUACAGUUAUAUUCAGAAGCAAGGAAGAGAGAUGAAUAAGAGGUGUUUUACCCUGUAACUUCCGUCUGGUUUUUGUUUGAAUCCUUUUUCGUUUUGUAGUUUUGUUUACUCAUCACAAAAUCGGUGUAGCUUCAAGUGCCAUGUGAUGUAUGUAAAAACUUAAUGCAUUACAGUUGCAGUCUGUUUUUUUCCUUCU